AAAAUGUGAAUAAAAUGAAGGGGGAUGAAUACUUUUGCAAGCCACUGUACAUACAACACAACAUCAUCCGCAUACAUUUGACAAUUAACAUCUGGAGGACAUACAUUUGGUAAAUCAUUUACAUACAUACUAAACAAUAAUGGGCCUAAAAUAUAACCUUGUGUAACUCCAAUAUUAUAAUCCAAGUAAUCUGAUGUCGCAUUUAUAACCGUACACAUUGUUUUCUAUUUUCUAAAUAAGGUUUAAACCACAUAACAUGUUUGGCAUGUUGCUAUAUUUCAUGUAUUUAUUAAUUUUAUGCUAAAACUCAGUCCUGUUACAAAAAUGCACCCAUCUUCCAUUUAAAAGCCAUGUAAAAAUUUUUUAUAGUUUUCUGAAAUUGACACAUUUUGACUAGUAAAAUAUACGUGUUAUUAGAUUCAAUGUUAAAAAAAUGAAAAAAGACAUUUAAUUUUGACUGGUUAUUUCCAACAAAUGUUUUUAAUGAUCUGAAAUGCUUUACAGUAUUUGUUUUCUUAUCAAUUCAUUUGUUAUUUUAUGUUAUUUUACUAUUUUGUUUGUUAUUUUAUUUGUAAUGCAUCACGUUUGUGUCCAUGGACACUUUCUCAGACAGACAGAUCGUGUUAUUCACAGGACAGUGAGAAGAUUAUAACAGAAGGAUCAUCGAGUAAUCACACACACUGAGAGCUGAGACAGACGGCUUUACUGUGUAGACUGUGUGUUUGUUUCAGAAUGUCUGAGUUUGAUGUGAUUGUUUUAGGAACCGGACUGAAGGUAAGAAAACAAAACUGAAACAUGUGACACAUACGACAUUGAGUUAUUGUGUGGAUUUCAUGAAAGGACUAGGACUUUAUUAUUGUGACUAAAUUGUGUGUAUAAAGUGAUGAUCCCACUCUUACAGGAAUGUGUUUUAUCUGGACUCAUGUCUGUCAGUGGAAAGAAGGUUCUUCAUAUCGACUCCAACUCCUAUUACGGAGGAGAAAGUGCCUCGAUUUCACCUCUAGAAGAGGUCAGUUGGUGAAAAUACUGCUGUAUACGGAGGUGACGCGUUAUCUGGACUUUAAGGUGGUCGAAGGAAGUUUUGUGUACAAGGGGGGGGAAAUUCACAAAGUUCCCUGUACUGAAACAGACACUCAGACUUCAGAUUUGAUGGGCAUGUUUGACAAGCGCAGAUUCCGGAAGUUUCUGUCCUUCAUCCUGAACUUUGAUGAGAACGAUCCACGGACUCAUCACGACAUGGACCCUCACAGAAGCACCAUGAGGGAGGUCUUCCGGCACUUUGACCUUGGUGCUGAUGUCAUCGAGGUCACAGGUCACGCGUUGGCUCUUCACAGCGAUGAUGAUUAUCUGGAGCAGCCGUGCGUGUCCACCAUUAACCGCAUCAAGCUUUACUCAGAGUCUCUGUCCCGCUAUGGCCUCAGCCCGUUUCUCUACCCCGUGUUUGGUCUGGGCGAACUGCCGCAGGGCUUCGUCAGGCUCAGCGCCGUCUAUGGAAACCGGUACAUGCUGAACAGAUGCGUGGAUGACAUCAUAAUGGAGGGCGGGCGAGUGACGGCGGUGAAAUCAGAGGGAGAGGUCUUCCGCUGUAAGCAGCUCAUCUGUGACCCCAGCUACACGCCCGAGCGGGUGAAGAAAGUGGGCCGGGUCAUACGAGUCAUCUGUCUGCUCAACCACCCAAUCAGAAACACCCAUGAUGCCACCUCAUGUCAGAUUAUCAUUCCACAAACACAUCUGAACAGAAAGUCAGAUAUCUACAUAUGUAUGAUGUCAUACUCUCACAAUGUAGCAUCAGAAGGGAAGUACAUUGCUGUUGUGAGCACUCUGAUGGAGAGCAGUAACCCAGAGAAAGAGGUUCAGCCCGCUUUGAGCCUGCUUGAGCCCAUCAUACAGAAGUUUAUGUCCAUCAGUAAUGUGAUGGUGCCGACAGACGACGGGCGCAGGAGUCAGAUCUUCAUCUCCAGAUCUUAUGAUCCAACGACACACUUCGAGACGGAGACUGAUGACAUCAUGGAUCUGUACCGACGCAUCACCGGCUCAGAGUUCAUCUUUAGAGACCCCAGAGAAGAUGUGGACUCGGACGAGUAGAAGAACAACACGCAGCGUGUCAUCUGUGUGACGACUCCAUUAAUAAAGUCACAUCUAGUUUAUUGGCAUUUAUUUAACGGGUUAUUUCUCCAGUUUUGAUAAAGUCCUGCAGUUAAUAUCUGAAGUCUGAAUGUAGAUAUUUGUGUUGUUUUUGUGGUAGAGAGGCAGAGCUUGUGUUGUAAUAAACAUCUGAUUAUCUUCA